AUGGACCCAGCCACUUACCAUCCUAUCACAGCUGGCUAUGGAUACGCUGACCGUGACAGAGGAUAUCAUGAGAGAGACAGAUUGGAAUAUGAGCUUACUGUCAGGCAGGAGCCAAAACAGGCCCGUAUGUGUGGUGUAGGAGCUGACCGACGUCCAAUCGACCCACCUCCCAUCAUUCAACUUCGUGUUAUCGACCCACAAACUCGUCAACCUCCUUCUCCAGCUCGCCUAGAUGGCGAUGACUCAGACCCAAGCUAUGCCCACAGCUACCUUCAAAACCCUUAUUACUUCAUGUUUGCAAGUCUGGCAAAACCCGACGACGACACCGAACUACACUGGCUAAAGGAUGGGAAAACGCGGUGUACGACAGGUUCAGUUGUCUCGUCCCUCUACCACCUCAAAGAUACCGAAAAUCGCAAUGAAGAUGCUGGCUUUUUCGUUUUCCCCGAUCUAAGCGUUAGAACCGAGGGUUCUUAUCGUUUGAAGCUCAGCCUCUUCGAAGUCGUCAGCAACACCGUCCGCCACUGUAAAUCAAUAUACUCUGCACCAUUCUAUGUUUACACUGCAAAGAAAUUCCCUGGUAUGGAAGAGUCCACACCUCUUUCAUGUUCGCUAGCCGAUCAAGGUAUCAAGAUCCGGAUCCGCAAAGACAUUCGUGUUCGCAAGCGUCCUAUCGCUGCACUCACUACUCCGAUCGAUACCGAGAACAACAAUAAUGAAGAAGAUGAAAACGAUACCCCGGUUUCGGCAGUCACUUCUUCCGGUCAUUCCAAACGUCCUCGGCACGGCACAGUGUCUUCCAAUGGUGCACCAGACUUGCAGACUCCCACCGGGUCACUAGUGGGGCUACCCGCAUGGCCAUCAUCAACGAGCUUAGAUCCGAUGCUGGGUGCUCCAAGUGCACCGGGUGGCGUCGAACUUCCUGCGCCGACUCACCCUCCGCCGUCUGCCCCUCCAGGUGGGGCCAUCCCACCACCUCGCGGCGCCAGCUAUGAAAGCUCGCGUCUGGGAGGUUCCAUACCCCCGCCACCUGGGGCGCAACUCAUAGCCCCGCCUGCAGCAGCCGUGUUUGAGAAUUCCCGCAGUGCACCCCCAUCCAUUGCGCCUGCAUCCUCCGCUGUCUCUCAACGGCAAACUAUGCAUCCCCCUGCGCAGACUACAUCUUUUUCACCAGCCGCUCCUGUGUUUAACUCGCAAGGCAGAGUAACAUACGAGGCUUCGCGCACUUCCUCAUUUGAUUCGCCACGGUCUGCUUAUGAAGGUGGUCCCAAUCAACGACCGCCGUUCGAGAAUUCAAGGGGAGCAUAUGAGCAACCAGAUCAGCGGGGAUACGAAAGCUCACGAACAGCGUAUGAGUCUCCACCGCAGCGCACUGCAUAUCCAUCCGGUUAUGACGGUCAGAGCGCGACAUCCAGCACUUUCCAGGAACCAUAUCCAUCUGCUGGACAAUAUAGCAGUCAGCCAACUACUUCUAGUCAAUAUCAGCAUCCAUCUUCAUCUCACCAACAAUACCCUUCAUCAUCACGGCCUCAGUCGCAGUAUGGAGCACCACCGUCCAACACAUACCCUACACCCACGCCAUAUUCACAAUCACAGUCUAGGUAUGAAUAUCCACCCCAGCAGCCGCAGCAAUAUGCUAGCCCAAAUGGUGAUUCGUACUACGAGUCAUCUCCAGCUGCCCCGUCUGGACCCUCACACAGCCAUGGACAACCAUCCUAUUAUCCCUCCACCACCAACAGCCCUACCCGAACUCCAGCGCAAGCGACUACUACCAACCAUCCAAUUCGACUCACUCCCAGGCCCACCCCCCUCGCGUUACCUCUCCAGCUCCCUCUCGAUACGCAAAUCAAUCGUACACGGGCCCCUCUAACGAACAAGCCUAUCCACGGCACCAACAGUCCACAUACGCCUCUGCAUCCGCUGGAGGGUAUAACCUUCCCCCCUCCGCCUUCCCAGCACUCAACUGCAGGCUCUCACCACGAAUGGCCCGUGGCCUCCCCCGCAUCUACAUGGAGCAACUCAGCUAGCGAGCACGGGCUCAUUCAACUCGCACCGCUCCGCCAACACCCAUCAUCAUCAGCCCGCCAACACGCGUCUUCUUCCUCCUCGUCCUCAUCUGACGCCUCAUCGCCAGUGGCUGGGAACACGAACACAUCAGGCGGAGGGGGAGGGGGAGGGGCGUACCCGCUGAUCCAACUGUCACGCGCGCCGUUCGAGCAUGAUGCGCGGGUGGGACUGCAGGGGAAGAAAAAUGUAUUGAGUAUCGGGAGUAUCAUUUCAGAUGGUGCCUAG